CGGGCAAGACAGAUGACAAUUAUAGUUGUGGGAGAAGAUACGACCGAAAGAGUGUAAAGAUUUUUAAGAAUGCAGGGACGGAUACUUACAUCGAAGAUGCUGGGAGUCGUUCUUAUCGCACCUGAGAAAUGUUUGCUCAGUUGCAGCCAAAGGAAGCAAAAAGGCAAUGCCUCCAGGGAAAGUAGUGCGCGAAAUGACUAACUUUUCUUUUUUUUUUUUUGCCUUCAAGAAAUAAUAAAAAGGCAUCCAACGCCUGCUAUUGGGCUACCACGGCAGCGAUCACCACGUCGACAUUUUUUUUUUAGUAUUUUUCUAUGUGUGCCAUAGUUAGGGCCCUGGGAGUGUUAUCCUGCACCAUUCACGACCAUGGUAGUGGACGUGCAACAUUCAACCGCGGGGUGACCGGUAGUACUGGAACUCGGAAGACGGCCAUUCGAAAACCAAUGACCAUUGCAUCCAAUGCGUUUUGCACUUUUUUACUGCUUCAGCAUGCACGAUACAUGGACCGUGCGCAAUGAGCAUAUGCAAUGAUAAACGCCCGCUAACUCGCACGGAGCCGGUCAUUUCGGAACUCCGCGCCAAAGGCGAUGAGCUUCCGCGAUUUCCCGCUCCCCUUUCCGACGGGCGCUGCGGUCGCUUUCCGCCUCUCCACGCCACCGCCCGAUGUUUCUCGCGCGGAUCGUCCGCUCGUUUUCGCCUCGGCGCGUUCACAGAGCGUCGUCUGCUAUUCCUCUGUGUGGGCGCCCGAUCCCCGCUGUCGGCAAGCAGCGGCUGGCUGCCCGACGGAGCUGUUACGUUCGUUCCUCGGACGCGGCGGCGUCUUUUGACAACCACGUCGCUCGCUGAGCGGAUUUCCUAUCUUAUCUCGCACUCGUCCACAAAACACGCCUCCUGGAGUGCGUGACGAUUUGUGCAUCGCGCACUUCCUUCCCUGCGCGCUUACUCCUCGUGCACCUUGUAAUUCGCCGGUUUCUGCGGAAGGAUUACGCGGCGGGAUCAGUGUGGGAGUGACCGUGUUUGCAGGAGCGUACGCUGAACUCCAGUGGUUCCUCGCCUGUUGAAUAUUGAAAGUGUGUUGGUGAUCUCCCUUGGCGACCACCUGUCAUGGCAGCGGGUUUUGGAAAAAUGCAGCAGACAAUGGAUAGCAGGACAUACCUCGCCGAGCUAAUGGGUGAACGAGAGAAGCUGUCUGGACACGCCGCUAGGCUCGUAGACCAAGAGAUCCAGCGUGUACAGAGCCAGAACGGCAGCAGCGCCCGGUCGUCCCACACCUGGGUGCCACCGGGACCUCUCAUGGACAUCCACAAGGGGCGCUCGGUGCGACUCCAGGUCCGCGUGCAAGUGCCCGUGAAAGACCACCCGAACUUCAACUUCGUCGGCAAACUGCUGGGACCCAAGGGCAACUCAUUGAAAAGGCUUCAGGAAGAGACGCAGACUAAGAUGGCUAUACUCGGCAGGGGCUCUAUGAGAGACAAAGCAAAAGAGGAAGGCCUGCGGCAGCUGAAAGACCCCAAGUAUUGGCACCUUCACGAGGAGUUGCACGUCGAGGUGAAUGCCUUCGCACCACCGGCUGAAGCAUACAGACGCAUGGCCUUCGCCCUGACUCAGCUCAAGCCCUUUCUUGUGCCCGACUACUACGACGAGAUUCGACAGACGCAGCUUCGUGAAUUGGCGCUUCUCAAGAACGACCGCAAGAACGGGGCGGCGGCUGCGGGGUCCCUCGAGUCGACGUCCUCAUUGUCACAGGCACCGCUCGCCGCUGCGCCACCUGGGACUGCGUCCCCGCCGUGCGGGAACGAACUGGUGGUGGUCAACGCCGGCAGCAACGCUUCUGCGCACCAGGAAGCGUCUUCCGCCUGCCGCUCUUCGCCUCCAACGCCUCCGACACACCCGGCGCUGCGACCCGGAGUGGCCGGCCUGGUGCUCACGGCCGACGGCCUCUCGCAGCUUCCGCCGGGACUGCAGGUCUCCUCCUCGGCGGCGGGACUCGCCCGAGGCGUCGUCGCGCCUCCGACCACGACUGCGGCCGUGUCCGCCGCCGCUGCCAAGGCCGCCUACCUGUUGCACGGCUCCCGGAUGCUUCCGGUGCGCCUGUCGCGGAAGGGAGCCCUGCGAGCCGCGGCUCUCACGCUGGGCCGUGCGGCCGCGGUCGGAGCUCUGAGGCACAGCGCGGCCGUGGAGCUCAUAUCGGCCGACUGCGCCGACGAAUUCCUUUACGGAGACGAGUAUCCAGAUAACAACUUCGACGGCAGCGUUUACGAGCAAGCGUUCACUACAAUUGAGGAGCAAGGGUUCCCCCGCCCAAACGCGGAGGAGAUGCAGAAUAACGGUUUUGCCACGGAUGCAGACUUCGCAGAGUGGGCGGAACCCCCACUGCGGACCCACUGUCACCUGCCGGCACGCCUGAAGCCUUCGCAGACAAUGACGAGGAGACUGUACCGGCCGUACGGUCCACUGCCAUCACGGUUCUGAGCUGCCGUGGUUUGGAAAACCGCGGCUGCGUGACCACAAUACUGUAGAUCUCUGCGCGACAUCCUUGUGGUGCAGCCAAGGCCGAAGCUAACACAUUGUACAUAUUCAGAGUGUUUUCUUCAUUGUUCAUGAGAGGUCUACCGCAGAGAUUUUAAUACUCUGCAAGAAUGCGGUAGAAUGUGGUGCAUACUGGAGUUCCUCAGAGCGCAUGCAUUGUUAGCAUUACUUGACUGCUUUUACUGGCGGAACAAAAUCUUUUGGAUGAACUCUGAACUCUUGACAACAGUGUUGCUAGCAGCGUGUCACAUGUUCACAAGCGUGUGCUACGAUCCUUUUCCACCAACCACUUCGCUAUUGUAAAUACUGCAUCGACGUGCAAGCCAGUCGUGUUGGCACCAGAAGAACGCUCAGUUUUCAGACUGUUGUAUUGCAUGCAGAUAUGUAUCAGCCGUUCAUCUAAGGCUGGGGUUUAUGUCAACUCAAAGUGGCCGUGAAGGCAUACCGAAGAACGAGCACAUUUCUUUUUUAAGUACUGCAGGCAGUUUGCAUGCUUUGCCACUAAACCAAAGUGGUAUGCCACCGUUACAUCAGGCAUUUAGCUAGUAGACAUCAGUAACUCAUGCUGUACACCUACUGCCGAGCAACUCUAUGUUCCAAUGUUGUGACAAAAUAUCCCCAUGCUUGGUGCUUGGUAUCCGUGAAAAACACUGCAGCCAGAAAAAAAGAUGUUUCGUACACUUCUAGGAACACCCCUUUGAUCACUUCUCCUUUUAAUCUCACUUUUUUUACACGAACCUAGCUAUACACAAAUGUGAAAAUCGUGUCUCUUGUGUUGACGUCAUCUACAGUCUGAUUUCAUUGAUGGUGCAAUAUGGCUGAACAUUUCUGCAGCAUCAAUGUGUUGUCAUUUGUUCGGCUGCUAGAUUCACAAUUGCUAUUCCUAGUGUGAUAGUCUGCAUUUCUUGUCUGUACACAUGAGACAUACAAUACCAAAGUUGACAGGGUUCCGUCCCUUCUCAUGUUAUUUUCCCUCAUACGAAUUGUAUUGUGUGUCUUUUAUUGUAGUAUGUACGUGAUGUGAUGCCAAAUCAUGGUACUUUUUAUUCCACACAACUACAAUCAUGGCAUGGCGGCGCAUUAAUAUGAUCAAAAGAUUUCCACAUGCACGGUGUUGUGUUACUCUUGCAGAAGGUUGCACUGGAUUACUUAGGUUGAGAGAUAGGUGUGUUAUGAAAUGCUCUGCUUUAACAAUUAUAGCUUAGAUGUUGGAGCAUGAUUCCAGAUAACUAUUGUUCUUAGUGCAACAUAUGUUUGACAACUGCUAUUAGUGUGGAAUUGAGGACAAUGACCACAUUAUACGUCUCAAGUACCAGGUAAGGCAAAUAUAAAAUAAAAAUAUACAAAGUAGUCUGAGAAAAUGCUUGCUUACUUGCCGCAUUUGCCACUUCUAAAAUGCGUUCGCAACGUUCCUACUUUGCUGAAUGUGUAGCUGGCAACCACGAGCGUAACAUUUUGGUAAGGCUGCUUAUGAAAAACCUGAGGCUUAGCUGCACUUCAAAUGCAGGCAGUAAUAUAACAUUUGUUUGCACUUAUAGCACAGUCAGGUGCAUGACGAAUUAUUACUGGCAGUACAGAUACACCACCUGAAUUCUUACCCUUAAGGCAAACCGAGAACUAGAGAAAAAGUACGAAUGAACGUUGCAACUUCAGGCAAUGAACUUCUAAGUAACAUAAAAUGUUGGGGUUGCUGGCCAAGUAAAAAUUCAAAGUGAUAUUUUGUGGCCUUUACCGGUGAGUGUUCACAACGAGACGAACGUGAACCUGUCAUCGUUUCUUGAAAAACAAAGGUAUGCAGUGCACAUGCAUGCACAGUUCUCACAUUUUCUGGUUUGUCCUAUAGAUUAUAGCAGACAUUUUGAUAAUUUGAACAGUUAAUCAAUCAGAUACCUGCUAGUCCAACUUGUAUCUUCGAUUUGAUUGUCUCUCCAUGUUCUGUAUGGUGACUGUUUAAUAAAUGGCCUGGCAAGAGCCUUAAGCACUCUUCCCCCUGAGGAGUCACAGUUGCGUUCCUAGAUCAUUCCCUCAAACUUUUACAUUAGGGCCACAAAACAUCACUCUGAAUUUUGACUUGGCCAGCAACCCAAGCAUUUUCUUUCAUUUAGAAGUUCUGUGCCUGAAGUUGCAGCGUUAUUUCGUACUUUUUCUCUAGUUCUCGGUUCUUCCUUUUAUUUACAGUUAUCAAUUUGUCUUAGUUUUUUAUGUGAGUAUAUAGUCUCUCGGGAAAAGCUGACGGAGCUUCUCGUUGAUCCUUUCCUUAUUGACUGUGCUCACACGAUACACUCAUAAGCAACAUGAGCUUUGUUGUCGCUUAUGCUGACAAUCUCGCUGGUUGACAUCGACCUGGUAUCCUAAUCAAGGAAUACAGUCCAAUAAGAUAGUAUCUUGUGCAGUACUUGCUUAUCCGAGCGACUGCUCAUCCAGCUUGCAACGUAUAGCCGUGCACAUCAUAAAAAAUUCAAAUUCAAGAAGUAACAGCACAGGCCUCUGUGGAAGAAGUCCUCUAAGGACUUUUUAGUGUAUUCUUUUCUAUAAUUUGCUUUGGCCAUUGACUGCCACCUGGUUUAGCAGACAAGGUUGUUUGCCCAGUAUGUGUGCAUUGUAUAAGCCCAUUUACCGAGGAAGCAUAUCACUACCUUACUUUUUUGGACACAUAAUGUAAUGUGGGUGUCAAAACUUUACCAGUUGCAUUAUCUGACAAAAUGUUCGAUUUGUGCCAUUCCUCUCUAGACUGCCUAGGUUUGUGAAAUGCAUUUAGAAGCUAAACGGCCAAACUGAGCAGAAAGAAAUCUUUUUGGCUGAACCUAUGAGCAAAAACUGUGGACGCCUAGCGUGCCGCCGUGUGAAGUGUGAAAGUGUGACGCUGGCUUCUUGAGUUGUUUGUUUUUCUUGUGGUCUUCAAAUAUGCUAGUCCCUUUGGGUGUUAAAACAUUAGUUUUAUGUGUGUUUAAUUUGUUGCACGUUUGCACCGGCAUUAUGACAUUUGGGAUUGUGAAAGCAUUCGUGUCAAGAUCAUCGAACACCUAUGUAGGCUGUGUGUCGUUGUGGUCGGUGAGGCUUUUUGUAUCCGUCUAGUGUCCGCUGAGGAAGUUUUUCCAGUACGUUACAUUCAUUAUGAAUUUAUUAAUGCAUUAGCGUUAGGAGUAUGAAAGUGUAGAAAAGUAUGAUGGUGGUCUUCUCCAGACCACCAUCACUUGUAGUUCCCUCCUUGAAGAGGGAGGACGUGUAUAGAGUGAGCUCCUGAACAACACUUUUCAAUGUGGUGAACGUGAUUUAAAUCGAUGAUCCGAGGCCUGAAAUAAGUAAUGCUAACACAUGUCUCUCGCAUUUACUGCUAAAUUGGCACUAAAGCUUCUUGCUUAGAUAUUGUUCUGUAUUGCUUCAAGUAAGUGGCAUUUGAAUUUUAUUGUUACCUUGAAGAUGUUGUGAAAUGCAGCUGACAUUGUAAUAUUUAUAAUGGCAUAAUUGGCCGUUGUGCGAUCGUACAGUUUCUUAAAUAUAUACUGUUAGAUAUUGCGUGAAGAGCAUGUUCCCGGAAGAACAGAGAUGGAAUGUGUAAAUUGUUUGUGCCAUGUACUGUUGAUGUUUUUUGGUAUUUUGCAACACAAGUAUUCCUUUUCGCUAUGAAGGUAUGAUAUUUUUGUUUACUGCCACAUGUCACUUUGUAGUGAGCCUCAAGGCCUUUAGGAUUCUCUACAGUUUACAGGAUCAAUAGAUAGUUUUCUCUUUGCCUGCUAUGUUUUCACAGGAAGCCAUGCUGGUCGCAUAACGUUGUCUUAGCAGCAGUGCCCUUUGCUUAACAACACUGUGUUGUUGAGAAGACACUCGAGUUGAGCGCUCACUAAGGGAGGUGCACUGUAGGGAGUUGCACUUUUUCAAUACCUCAAGAAGGGCCUCUUCGAAAGCCAGAUUAUAGAACAGCCAAUCUCUCGAAACAUUUGGCUUCGAAGAAGAAGUUGGGCUGUAUAUAGAUGUUGUUGCUCUGUACGGUGCUGUUGCCUUUACAAUCAAAUUGGCGUGUUUCAAUGUCUGAGUUUUUCAACGAUGUUAACUCAAAAGGCGAGGAAGCAGAAACAGUGACUGGGGUCUUUUUUGAGAUAUAACCUACCAUUCAUUUACCCUGAAUGCUGUGAGUGUUGAAAAAUAACUCGCAUCAUUAUGUAGACAUUUUGCCCGCUUUCAUAACUACACUCUUAGGCAAAGUUACACCCUUUGGGGUGUAGCUCUGCCACACAACAAUAAUCUUCAUCUGCCUUGCUUGCCUUUCCUUUAUUGAAAAUGCUGCGCCCGCUACUUUCCGGUCGGAAAUGCUAUGCAUGCUGAUAACGUGCAUGCCCUUCGUUACUGGAAAGUACCAAGCUCGCCACGUUAAAGGAAGGAAAUGCAGACAAGACAGAUGACGAUUAUUGUUGUGUGGCAAAAGGGUGUAAUUUUGCUUAAGAGUGUAUAUGGACCUUAUCACCAAGCGUCAUUUCACGCACUGCUUCCCUCUUCUUGGGAUGUUCGGGAAACUGAUUUGCACCCAGCGAUGUGAAUAGGGUGCUGAAGUGCUGCACAAAGCGAUUCGUGCAGAACAAGGGGACAUUAUGUUUGAGCCGUUGUAUUCACAUCACAUUGGGCAUUAUUGUGUGUUCUAUAUUACAAAUGUCAAGGGCAUUCUUAAGCAUGCUCACUUUUUGAGCUCCACAACCUAAGAAAAUCUCUAAGAAGAAGGUAAUGAAAAAUGCCACUGAAAAAAAAGACGACUGCAAAAUUUCCAUUUCUCUUUGUGCUCAAAGCUAGCAUUACCCUCGCCUAAUAUACAAUUGGACAUGUGAUGUAAAUCCCAAAUCGCGACAAAUAUGACCUGAUAGGUGUGACACUGCUUCAGAAUGUGAAUACAUUUGUCGUUUCACUGUGCUGCGAAAGCUUUUAAUUAAUUCAUUCAGUCCGUUUGUUUUUGCAGCAGUAGAAAUAAACAGGUGACAAAUUUGAAUUCACUGGCCUUUUCGUUCAUAAGUAUUACAUGCCAUUUGCCGGCUGGCUUUACUACUAGAAUGUCCAUCACCACAUAUGGUCGGCAGUUGCUAUUGCGAACAUUUAUAGAAUAAGAAUAUGUUCCCUGUAUACGAGCUCAGAACAACAGGCAAGAACUUGUUGUUACAUUUUGUUCUUUUAGUCUGUGCUACAGUUUGCAUUAGGAAACAGCCUCAAGCAAGAUUUCUGUAGUUAUGUGCACCAAAGACUACAUGCAGCGUAGAAUUGGAGCAGGAUUCGUCGAGAGCUGUGUAUGAAUUCUUGUUCUGAGAGAGUCGCUUCAAAUACAAACAUUCUUUCUUUGCUUACGUAUUUUUCCAACUUAGGUGUUUUCGUAGCACAGCGACUGUGCUGCAUCUGAGUUGGGAAUAUACGCACAGGCUGUGUAGCCUUUCACUCCUUAAACCAGAAUGCGUUCUGAAGUUCCAUGCCCUGCGUGUUUCUUGGAGCUAUGCAACUACUGUGCUCUCUUUUGUGUCACGUUUGAACACAAAUUGUAUGGAAAUUCCAGUGGUCUGGCCAAUCGAUGCGAACAGUUAGUUGCACCGCGCUUUAAGUUCAAAAGAAAGUAUUCGAGUCUAAUCUUUUUAAGCUGUUCUGCUUCAUUGUAUGAUCUAUGUUUUCAGCUUUUAUACAAUGCAAAUUGAUAAAGAAGGUCACUAUGGAAAUUGAUAGCAAAUUAGUCUUCGCGCAGGACAAAGGAAAUGCAGGGCAUUCUCGUGACCCACCAAUGUGGCUCAGGGGCAAUGGCGCAUUUAUGUUAAGUAAAAUAUCGCGUGUUUGAUUGGCCCGCCGACGAGGCCGAAUUCUAAUGUCGGCGGUAUGCGAAGACUCCUGCACUUAAAUUUCGGUUGCGUCCUAAAUAACCCGCAGGGCGAUCACACUUGAUUCGGACUCCUGAAUCGUGGUAUCCGAUGUAUCCCGCUUGCCUGGGGAACAUAAACCCGGUGCAAUCAAUAAAUGAUGAAAUGCUUCCGUGAGCCGCGUUGAUUUUAUUUCAAUGUUUGUUUGAACGAUGCUGGUUAUUCAGGGCCCAAAGUUAGCUGACGUCUUGUGCGCGUACUGCGAAUGUGCUUGUUGUGCACCCUGUUUCUGCCCUGUACAUAUCACCACACGUUCCUUUGUAGCACGAGUUGUCCGCGUAGUGCAGACCGUCUGUGCUCUGGUGAAUGGUACCUCGUUCUGUUGUUUCGUGAAUGAGACGCCCCCCCCCCCCCUCCUCCCCCGGACGCUUGUGGCUGCCUGCGUGUUUACCCGGAAGGCGAGUCCCACUUCAUGCUUUGCCCUCACUUUAGUGAACACACGUGUUGAAACUUGUUUCGAAAUAAACGACCUUGUUUGCCACGCAGCCUACAUGACUCAUGGAAAUGCAUGAAUCCCUGUUUUUUUUUUUUUUUCUCAUAGGAUUCAGUAUGGAGUUACGAAUAAACAUGUAUUGCACAGCCCUUA